UAACUACAAUCACUAAAACUUCUUCAGAGAAAAAGCCACUCACCUUGCAGUUUUCUUUGCACAAGGGAAGAAAACUGUUUUAAACUGGAUCAGCAAGCUAGGGAGGGGAUUCUUUUUAUAAGAGAUGACUUGGUACAUCACGCAUUGAGGAUCGCGACAGCAACUAAAUGUCCAGAAAGGAAUUUUAUUGUUUUCAUAGCUUACUCAAACUCAUUAUUACAUUUAUUGUGUAAUUUAUGUAGCGCAUGUAACAACAAUGCAGAUAUGGAUGAUAAUUUAGCAAUUAUUUUUGUUUAAACCCAGAAGCGAAAAUAUCCAAAUUUCCAGUGGGGAGAUCUGGAAAAGAACCGCCUGACAUGACAGAAGGAUUUGUUCAAGGACAAAACCCUGAGUAUGAAUUCAAGUUCCUCACUUGUUUUCUGUAUGACCGGCCCUGCACUUGCGUCGCCUGUCAUCUGACUGAGACCUACUGAAUAAUGCACAGAUCUACUAAAAUGCUCUGGUUUAAAAGACCAUUUUGGAGAGGAGUCUUUGCAGUGACCUUUGUGAUGGUGGGUCUGGUCACUUUGUUUUACUAUUCUGAUGAUUUCUCCAUCUCAGACAACAAACUUCAAAAUGAUUUGAUAAACUAUGAACAACACAUACUGUCCUUAGUCAGAGAAUUCCCAAAAAUUGAGCCCACACCAAGAUGUGAAAGAAACAUAUCUGUUGAAAAGAUUCGGGACUUCAACUCACUUCCUACUAACAUCAAAGACCUCCUCUACUACCGCCACUGCCGACAUUUUCCCAUGCUACUUGACAUCCCCAACAAGUGUGGUGGAAGCAAUGCAUCAUCUGACGUCUUCCUUCUACUGGUCAUCAAAAGUUCUGCAAUGAACUACGACCGCAGAGAAGUGCUGCGCAAGACAUGGGCCAAGGAGAGACUGUCUAACGGCGUGUGGAUCCGAAGGGUCUUCAUCUCAGGGACGAUGGGCACAGGUUAUGAGAAGAAGAGACUAAACCAUCUCCUCAAGACGGAGCACAGAAAGUACAACGACAUAAUCCAGUGGGAUUUCAAGGACUCGUUUUACAACCUCACGUUGAAGCAAAUGCUCUUUUUGGAGUGGAUGGAGAGAAACUGCCCCCGCGCCCACUUCCUGUUCAACGGUGAUGACGAUGUCUUUGCCAACACAGACAACAUGGUUCUCUAUCUCCAAAACUUUGAACGCAAAGGUGAAAGGAAGCACCUGUUUGCAGGCCAUCUGAUCUACAACGUGGGACCCAUCCGUUCUCCGAACAGUAAAUACUACAUUCCAGAGCAGCUCCAUAAGUCCGAUUCAUACCCCGCUUACUGUGGUGGUGGGGGCUUCCUUUUGUCUGGCUACACAGCUUUGGUCAUUUAUGCCAAUUCACACUCCAUCCCCAUUCUUCCAAUUGAUGACGUUUACAUGGGGAUGUGUCUGGCUCAUGCAGGGUUUGAACCGGAGCAUCAUCUUGGAGUGAGAACAGCUGGACUACAUGUUCCUGGCAAGAACGUUGAUGAGUUUGACCCUUGUUUCUUUAAAGAAAUGCUUCUUGUGCACAGAAUAAUGUCAGGAGAGAUGUAUACUCUGUGGAACAGAAUUCAUGAUCCAAACCUUCGGUGUUCCCCUGUCAAUUCCAGAUUGUAAACUGGAUGGUUUUUGGGUUUUUUCCCCCACCAGAGAAGUUUCUGUUCUAGAACCAGGCAGAUCCUGUUCUGGAUCCACAUCAGCUGGUUCCGGCUGUGAUUUUUCAGUUAUAGAUCCUAUUCUUCAAUUACUGUAAUUGAAUUUCUCUAGACGGGGCGUUUGACUUUCCACUUGCUUCAGUCACUGAUACAUUUAAAAAUUGUGAAGAAACCAAUUUUUAAAGUUUCUUCACAAAAUAUGGGUUUUCAGUUAUGGCUUACAGAAAUACAGCUGUCUCAAACUUAGAGAUGGAGGAGAGGAAGGAAAGGAAUAUACAUAUAAUUUAUUUGAUAAAUAUUAAACAUUGUCAUUAUGGAGACAAAUUAUUGUUUUCUUUCAUGUACAUAAUGUUAAGGAUGUUGUGUGUAUUUUAAAGUUCUUAAUAAAACAGGAUUAUGGGUCUGGUGUCUCAUAAAAAUGUA